AUGGAGCUCCUGAGAAGACGCAUCCGCCAAUGGCGCAACGGCUUAGAGUCCGAGUUUAGCAAUCCCAGGUUGUUUUUCGAGAAAACCUGCAAUUCGGUUUCGAAAUGGUCGACCAUUUGUGGCUGGGAACGAUUUGGGCCGAAUAACACGCGUGCCAAUCCACGGUUUAUCUUUUUGAUGGUGGACAUUUUCUUUUUCUUUGUGGGACUCGUCAAAGCGUACAUGUUUUCCCACGACACCAUCUAUGAGCUUCUCCAGUACAAUAUGGAACGAUUUGAAAAUCCGAAGAAAAUCCCGGAAAUUCACAACUCCUUGAUGAAAACGGCCUCCUGGUGUACAAUUUCGGUGAAACUGAUUGCACCCAGUUACGUAACGGGGAUCGUUUCUUUGCUAAUUUCCGCGUUUGAGCACCGAUUUGAGCUGCCCUUUGGAUUUUUCAUUCCGGGAGUCGAUCGAUCCACGUGGAUCGGGUAUCUGCUGAAUUUGGCCCUUCACAAACUGCAGGCGUUCGUGGCGGGUGGCGGGUUGCUGGCCACGGACAUGUGCUUCUUUAAUCUUAUUGUUAACGCCAUUGGACAGCAGGAUGUUUUGAUAAUCCGUUUGCGGAAACUGGGAGAAGCUGCUACAUCGGGCAAACAUGCUGAAGCUGAGCUUUACCAAUUUUUGGAGGAAAUAAUUCAAGAACAUAUGGAACAUGUCAAGUAUCUCUCAAUGAUGGAAUCGCUUAUGAGGGCAGGUUACUUCAUCAAUAACGGAUGCCUUAUUGCUGAAAUUGUCACAUCUUUGUAUAUUGUUUUGACUAAUGAUGAAAUCUGGUUCCCCGGGAUAAUGAUAGCAACUUGCAGCAGUUUUCAUUUGCUGAUUCCAUGCUACAUGGGAUCAUUUCUUUCUGGUAAGGUCAGGCAAGUUGAAUAG